AUGUCCCCGGCCACCGUCCUUCCGCCCGCUGAGCAGCGCCCCGGCUCUGUCGCCACGGGCCUCCCCGAGUCCCGCGUUCUCAUCAUCGGCACCGGAGGCACCAUCUGCAUGCAGGAAGGCCCUGACGGCCUGCAACCCAGUGGCAACUUUCUUGAGAGCGCCAUGGCUCCUCGUCCAACCUUUAACGACCAGUCCGGACCCCAAGUCACCAUGCAAGCUAGCCUCAAGGGCAAGCUCAUGUCCAUUGAUAGUCUGCGCACUCCGCCGACUGCCUAUGGCCGACAUAUCCGAUAUGGAAUCCUCGAGUUUGACCCUCUCCUCGACUCGAGCUCCAUUUCUGCCAACGACUGGGAUGCCAUGGCCGAGUGCGUAUUUGAGAACUAUAACCUCUUCGACGGCUUCGUCAUUCUCCACGGCACCGACUCGCUGUCUUACACGGCUUCUGCGCUGUCCUUCAUGAUGUCCAACCUUGGAAAGCCUGUCAUCCUUACCGGCUCUCAGGCGCCCAUCUUCGCUCUGCAGUCUGACGCCGUCGGCAAUCUGCUGGGCUCACUCAUCAUCGCUGGUACCUUUGUCAUCCCCGAAGUCUGCCUGUUCUUCCACAACCGCCUCUAUCGCGGCAACCGCACAACCAAGGUCUCGGCAGCCUCCUUCCAGGCCUUUGACAGCCCCAACUUUGAACCGCUUGCGCAGGUCAACGGCCUGGGAGUCAGUGUGAACUGGAGCCUCGCUGAACGCGCCACUUCGAUUGCCCCAUUUUCCAUCUCCAAGCGACUUGACACUACCCACGUUGCUUGUUUGCGUGUGUUCCCUGGCAUCAAGCCGGAAAUGGUUGACGCAGUUCUGCAUCUACCCGACAUUCGUGGUCUGAUUCUGGAAACGUUUGGUAUGGGUAACGUUCCCGGUGGCGUUGAUGGCCGUCUGACGCAAGUCAUCAAAUCUGCUGUUGAACGCGGGCUCAUCGUCGUCAACGUUAGCCAGUGCGUAAACGGCUUCGUGUCCCCGGUCUAUGCCCCUGGUACCCAGCUCGGUCGGGCUGGUGUCAUUUUUGGUUUGGAUAUGACUGCCGAAGCAGCCCUUGCCAAACUGUCCUACCUCUUGUCUCUCGGAAUCACAAAUAAAGAAAUCACAGAGCUCUUCUCCAAGUCCCUCCGCGGAGAGGUCACUGAGAUUGCUCACCCUACCUUCACUCAUCCGACGGCACCGCUUCAAAACCCCGCCGCUCGCCUCACAGAUGUUGAGUCUGCUUUCACCGCUCUGGGAUACGCUAUCCAAAAUGGCGAAAUUUCUGUCGUCAGGGAUCUUCUGAAGGGCGAAGGCAGCCAGCUCCUCAAGACGGCGGAUUAUGCGGGCAACACGGCUGUUCAUCUUGCCGCCGUCUCUGGUGACACUGCUAUCAUGCUCGAGCUCCUUCAGCAGGGUGCCAGUGUCCAUGAGCGCAAUCGCGCUGCUAACUCGCCACUGUUCCUUGCCACCCUUUCCGGCAAGGAAGAAUGCGCACAGCUUCUCAAAGCUGCGGGCGCUCAUCUCUCUGUUGAAGAGGUCGAGCGACAACCGCUUGCAACGCCUCCUCGUAAGGAGUAG